GAUUGGGGUGGGGGGGUGAUGUUAAAGGGUAUGGGGGUUUCUUUCUGAGGGGAUAGAAAUGUUUUAAAAUUGAUUGUGAUGAUGGUCGCACAACUCUGUGAAUAUACUCAAAGCCAUUGAGUUGUGGACUUGAAAUGGGUGAAUUACAUGGUAAAUGAAUUAUAUCUCAAUAAAACUGUUGGGGGAAAAAGUCAUGUCCUCCCUCCGACCCCCUUCUCCUGCCAGGAAUCCUUAGGCUCCAGCCUCCUGCCUUUGGGAAAUCUCUCUCUCCUCCACCCUCUCUCUGCACGUGUGUGCGUGCGCACACACACACACACACACACACACACACACACACUUUCCAUCUCCCGUUCUCGUUACCUUCUUCUGCCUUAAGACAUUUUUCACUCUAUUGCCAUUCCCACCAACUACAGAGAAGUGCCUUCCCCAAAGAGAAGUUCCUUCCACAGCCAAAGUGCCCCAUAGAGGUAUUUUCCUAAACACUUUGCUCUUUAAAAGUUACUCACCUCCCUUUCGGUCCUUGCACGCAGGGGAACAAGGUCGUGAGGAAAGGAGCACGAUGUGUGCUGCCUCUACUUCUUACGCCUUCGGUUUCUGCGCCUUUCACAGGGCUUCCAACAGCGCUAUGUUGGGACAAAGCAUCCAGAGGUUCACAACCUCUGUGGUCUGUAGGAGCCACUGUGAGGAGGGUCCAGGGAAGAGUUUACCAUUUUCAGUGGAAAACAAGUGGUGGUCACUAGCUAUGGUGACUUUGUACUUUGGGUCUGGAUUUGCUGCACCUUUCUAUAUAGUAAGACACCAACUGCUUAAAAAAUAAUCCAUGAGACAGAUACAAAGAGGAGCAUUUUAAGUGUGCAGUCUCUUUGAAAAAAUGAUCAAACUCUUGAACUCAGCAUCCUAGAUAUGUUUGUAAAUAAACUUAAGGCAUAAAAAAGUUACUCACUUGACAGCUAUUAAAAUUACGAUUUUAAAGUCCCCGUGGUGAUCUAUCAUGGCAGUCACUAACAAGUCCUAAUAGUUGUAAAUUCCAAGAGCUUCAUAAUCCCAAGGAAAGCGUGGCCAACUCAACUUCUCCCAAGCCCCACUGGUCUCUGUUCUGAAACGUAACUCAGUCACCUCACAGGUGGGGAGAGAGGGUGAGGAAGUUGGUUGCCAGGGCCAGGUUCUUGCAGGUUUUGGGGUCUGGAACAGGGUGGGCAAACUACAGCCUGUGGGCCAAAAUCAGCCCACUUCCUGAUUUUGUAAAUAAAGUUUUAUUGGAACACACAGCCACAUCCAUUCAUUUACUUAAUGUCUCUGGUUGGCUUCUUGUUACAACAGCAGAGUGGAGUAGCUGUGACAGGGACUGUAUGGUCUGCAAAGUCUAAAAAUAUUUAGUAUCUGGCCCUUUCCAGAAAAGGUUUGCUGACCCCUGACAUGGAAGAUACAGGCUUGAACUCCAGCUCAUCACAUGCUGGGUGUGUGACCUUGGACAAGUCAGUUCCUCUCUUUAAGCUUGUUUCCUCAUCAGAAAACCAGAGGCAGUAACAGUGCCUCCCUUAUAUGUUGCUUGUGCAAUGAAAAUGAC